AUGUUGAAACUAUCCAAGGAGCCAUCCAGUCUCUCCUCUCCACACACUGAAGAUGGAGCAAAGCCCUCUCUCACCCUGCUGCUGCUGCUGCUGCUGGGCCUCUCUCAGGCCAACCCUCUCAUGGAGGAUGGAAGUGGACCAGAGAUCCUAACAGACAACCCUGAGGCUGUAGACAUCACUGAGAGAAUUCUGACCACUAAUAACGGCUCCAGUCAGUUCCUGUUGGAGGGGGACAUGGUGGCACCAACAACCAGAAACGCCAUGAUUUGCUAUAGUGCCGGGUGCUUCUGGAACAAAGGCUCCAACGGACUGGUUGAAGUGCCCUACACAGUGAGCAGUAGCUUCAGUUCCUCUGACAAGCAGGGCAUUGAAAACGCCCUCCGGGCCUUCACUUCCCAGACCUGCAUUCGCUUCGUGCCUUGGCAGAAUCAGGUUGACUUCAUCAGCUACGAGCCCAGAGACGGGUGCUGGUCCCCUCUUGGGAGAGUGGGAGGCCAACAGACGGUCUCUCUCCAAAUGGACGGCUGCGUUUACUUCGGCAUCAUUCAGCACGAGACUCUCCACGCUCUGGGCUUCCAACACGAACAAACCAGGAGCGACCGUGACGAGUACGUCACCAUCAACUGGAGUAACAUCGACUCUAACAAUGCCUACAACUUUGAUAGAUCAAACACCAACAACCUGAACACUCCCUAUGACUACAGCUCUGUCAUGCACUAUGGAAAAACAGCCUUCUCAGUCAACGGGAUGGACACCAUCACCCCCAUCCCCAACCCCAACGUGCCCAUCGGCCAGAGACAGGGGUUGUCCACCACGGACAUCCUGAGGAUCAACAGACUCUACGGCUGCUGAGAGGAAGACAUCAAGUCACAGGAGAAAAGUCUGGGAAAGACCAGAUGAAGGAAGUCAAGUCUGACAUAUAUCAUGUUAUCUUAUUGAUUUAAAAUCAUUGUUGAGUUGUAACUUUAAAAAAACAUGAUCAUUGCUGUAGUUGUGUAGUUCUCAAAUUAUUUUAAUCAUAUGACUUAAUUAAUUAUCUAAAAUAAACAAGAUUGAAAGCA